CAGCUAGCUUUUAUAAUCCCGUCUUGCCCUGCUUCAAUUUCCUCUCCUUGAGUCUUUCCAUCGCCGUUUCUGCCUCAAAAAUCCUACCGACACAAUGUCUCUCGCCACUCUUGACACUGCCCAGCAUCCUAACCUCCCGUCCGCGUCGGAGACCCUCUUCAAGGCCAAAGCCGCCAAGAAGCUGAGCUUCGAGCAGAUUGCCCAACACAUUGGCCGCAAUGAAGUGGCUACCGCUGCUAUCUUCUAUGGUCAGGCCAAGGCUUCCCCCGAAGACAUCGAGAAACUCGCAUCGCUCCUCACCAUCCCUCACGAUGUUCUGGAGGAAAGGCUUAGUGGUUUUCCCGACCGUGGUCGCACCGUGGAGAUGCCCCCCAAGGAGCCCUUGAUUUACCGAUUGUAUGAGAUUGUGCAGAACUACGGGUACGCAUACAAGGCGGUGCUGAAUGAGAAGUUCGGUGAUGGUAUCAUGAGCGCCAUCUCUUUCUCGACUAAGGUGGAGAAGGAGACGGAUGCGGACGGAAAUAACUGGGCGGUGAUUACUCUGCGUGGAAAGUGGCUGCCCUUCUCGCGGUUCUAGAUGAUGAAUGCAUAUAUAGUGUUUUGUAAAAUGAAUGGCUAAUGAUUUUCUUCUCUAAAUUGUCUUUAGUAUGUGG